AUUUAGAAAUAAUCCAUCCCAGGGCUUGACAUUGAAGGAGCAGGACUAGGUAGGGAGAGGCUCCUGAAACCAUGAAGGAGCUGAAGGGGCCAGCGCCAGCCAGGCAGGACCUUCUGAUGGACUAUCUCGCAUACUAUGGCACCAAGAGGCUGGAAGGAAAACUUGUGGCUUGCAAUGAGACAACGAUCAAAACAAAAGCCAGACACUUCCUAGAGGGUGGCGAGUCUUUUAGCAGGUUUAACUUCUACGGCAUCACAGAGAAUUGCUUCAAGAUGAAAAAGGAGCAGGGAGGCAACACUCUCAGAGGCCUGAUCAAAGCUUUCGAGUUCCUGGAGCUGCUCUGCGUCAACCUGUUUCUCUUCCCUUGGAGAAAAGAAAUCAAGUCGCUGAAGACAUUCACAGGUAAUUUUGUCUACUGCAUUCAAUCCGCGCUCCCAGAGGAUGUUGUGAAAACGAUGCUGGAGAAAAUUGGCUACAUUGCAACAACAGCAACAGAGUUUUCGCUUGCGGGAAAGAUAAAUGAGGAAGAGACAAAGCAGACUGCAUUUGAAAUAUUCCUCGCAAGACUUGAGUGCGAAAUGAUCCUCGAAAUGACAAACGAAGAAAAACACAGUGAUCUUGGGGACAUCUUACAGAAGAGGGCACAGAUGCAUUGGUGUCAGGAAGAUAAUGAGGACAGAGCGAGUCAAUCCCCGGAGAGCGAGAACUCUGAAAACCAAAGAAAAGAAGAAAAUAGCAAGACACCGUCAUGCCUUGCCACUCAGGAGAAGUCUUCAACAAACAAGGAGCUAUCCUUUGAAACUGCUGGAAAUAGUAAGAACAAAGAGGAACUCAAUUGGUUAGCAUCCACUCCAUCCACUUGCACGCUUCAGGGAUGCCAAAGGCAAGGCAAGGGCUCCAUGCGCUCUCAUCGAGAGCAUUCAGACAGCGAGGACUUCUUGAAGAAAUACAGUGACAUUGCCAUAAGACACAAGCCUAUUUUCAAUGAGAAUCUUCCUCUGGCAGCUUUUGAAAAGCCACGAGACAGUCAGAGCGAAGAACACAUUUUGGGGAUCACAGCACAGUCGACAACAGGCAAAGCCAGUCCCACUCCUCUCUCACCAGGAGCAAGCGGACCACAAGCCUUUGCAAUAUUUCCUGACACUGAUAUUUAUAAGGUCCAAGAGAUGCCAGAAGAAGCAAAUGAAGCAGAAAUUAAGGAUGCCAUGGGCUGCAUGCACCCGGAUCCUGCAGAUCAACCCAAGGAGCUCAAGUCCCUGGUAUAUAGCAAUUCUCUUGGUGCAGAACACAGUUUAUCCAGGGAAGAGAUAGCUGUCUGCGAAGUGCCUUCAUCCUUUAGCAAACAAAAGAUCAAGGAAGCCAGAGAGGAAGGAUUGAUGUAUCCCAUGGAGGAAACGGCACAACCAGAGUCUAUAACAUACACAAGUAAAAAUGAUAAGGACAUAAGAGAAUGCAGUAGUACCAAAAUGAAAUGCACAUAUGCAGCAAAUGCCCAGACCGCCCCGGGUGGCCAGUCCUCAUCAAAACAACUUUGUCAUACACCUGCGGCCACUGAGUAUCCCAUCAUUUGCUCUGAGAACAAGAGACUCUUAAUGGAUGCACCCGGUACACAUUCAGCUCCAGAGGGCGUCAGACACAUCAGAGAACCGCCACACCUCACUUACAUCCCGCCUCAAAGUAUCGAUGCUCAACUUCCAGGAGGUAGCAACCCCACUGCGCAUGGCCGAAGGAACCUCUUAGCACCUGAAGGAGGCGCUCUUGAAUCCUUUUCAUGCGACACUGUAGUGAACUGUGAGAAUUGCACUGCAAAAAUGAAUGAAGCCAGCCCUGAGGACUAUGUGAUUAUCAGCAGUGAUGACCAAUAAGGCAUACGAUGCACACAAGUCUACCAGUGCUCUUCUCUCUUGCUCUACAACAUACCUGUCUUUCCUGUUCCCGUCUUGCUUCUCUUUGAGCAAAUACAGUUAAGCCUGUUAUAUCAACAGUGUGUGCCCUAUAGUAGCGAAGAAAGGACCAUUAAGCAUUGGCUUUCACACCCCCCGCCGUGGCAACACGAACUUAGGGGCCAAGUCCUAAACCAUCUUUAAAUUCUGUGGAUAUAAAGCAUGCCUAUAUUCACAAAUGUAUUUGAUGUAAGGUCAGAAGUUAAGCAUCCUCUGGAGAUGCUGCACCUGGCUUACGACAGUAUUUUUUUUAAAUGCGCGCACUGCCACUUUGUAGCUCUUUGAAACAAAAAAAGUGUCCUGGCAGCAAUGCAGUAGAUUUACAUCAGCAAAUAAAACAGGGUCCAAAAGAGGUAUGGAACGAGAGAAGCAAAGCUCUGACGAGGAAGUUUCCUGUUUAUAGCUUCCGCUGUGUCCUGGCAGAGUCAUGACUGAAGUUUUUUCAGUUGUUCAUUACAUUCCUGAGAUGUUUUCCUUUCAGCUAAUAUUUCUCCUGCCUAGCCUCACCUGAAAGACUAAUUUUAGGAAGUUUGCAUAGAUUAAAACUCAAAAACAAAAACCCCAGAAAAACAAAACCUGGAAACCACUACUGGUAGAACAAAAACUCCUAAGACUUUUUCAGAUGUAUUUUUCCAUUAGGAGAAUCUUUGUGGUCUUCUCUGUAUACUUGCUGUUGUAGAAUUACAAUAUUUGCCUUUGGUAGCACCUUCAAAAAAUAAAACAAUCAAAAACA